AACUGUCAAGUGUCAAUUUGUUGAAAGAGCAAGUUUCGUAUUUCUUUUAAAAUUAUUAAAAGCAUUUAAACUACAAAGUUUAAAUAGAAAAUAGAAAUACUUCUGUGAAAAUAGUUCCAGAUAUGAAAUUACUAUCAACUACUUGGAUUAUAUGAUACAACUUUAUAGUAAUUUUACGUUUAAUAUAAUAAUAUAAUGUGGGGACGAAACAUCGCACGAUAUACUAAUGUUUUGACUAAUGUUUACACUAUAAAUAAUUCUGUGAAGGUUCAAAGGACGUUACAAACUUUAAUAAACAGCAAACGAACAGUAAAACGUGAGUUGAGCACGCAAUUGCUCGAAGAAAAGCAUGGAACUAGCGAUGAUAGGAAACCUAAAAAAUUAGCCGACUGUAGUACAUUUACGUACAGGACUCAUACUUGUGGGGACUUAAGGUCUGAACAUAUAGGUCAGACUGUAGUUUUAUGCGGUUGGGUACAAUAUGCAAGGUUAUCAAAGUUUUUACUAGUUAGAGACUCUUAUGGACUUACACAAUGUAUAGUGAACAAUGCAGAUAUUAAUAUCACUGUUCUGCCGCUAGAAACUAUAGUGAAAGUUACUGGCACAGUUGUCUCACGACCCAAAGAUAUGCACAACCGUGAAAUGGCUACAGGUGAGAUUGAAGUCAGCAUAAAUAAAUUGGAAAUACUAAACGAGGUUAGUAAAUUGCCCUUCAAUUUGAGAAACUAUCAGAAGCCUAAAGAGCAGUUGCGCCUUCAACAUCGGUAUAUAGAUUUAAGGUUUCCAGAGAUGCAAAAUAUAUUGAGACAGCGGUCAACGAUUCUGCAUAGUAUGAGGAGAUUUUUAGUUGAGGAACAUAAUUUUGUUGAGGUUGAAACUCCAACAUUGUUUUGCAGGACUCCAGGUGGCGCUAGGGAGUUUGUUGUUCCCACUCACCAUUCUGGAUUAUUCUACUCUUUAGUCCAAAGCCCGCAACAAUUUAAGCAAAUGCUGAUGGCCGGUGGUAUAGACAGAUACUUUCAGGUAGCUAGAUGUUAUAGAGAUGAAACCACUAGGCCAGACAGGCAGCCUGAGUUUACUCAACUUGAUAUUGAGUUAUCCUUUACAAGUUUGGAUGGCAUCAUAAAUUUAAUUGAGUUGUUAUUAAGAAAAACUUGUAACCAUAACAUUCCAAAGUCAUCGUUCAAUAGAAUCACUUAUAAAGAAGCAUUAGAAAGUUAUGGUACAGACAAACCUAAUAUGAAAUAUGACAUGAAGUUAAAAAAUGUUACAGAUUUAUUCAGUCAAUCUACGGAUACAAAUUUUGGUGCAUUUAUUUUACCAUAUCCUAGUAAAUUAGGUAAACUUACAGCUAAGUAUAAAGAGAAGAUUCAUGAUAUAAGAAAAAAGUAUAAUGUUAAAGUUGUUCUUAAUGAAAAUAUAUCUAAAGAGAUUGGACAAGACACCAGUAAUAAAAUUAAAAGUGUUACAGAAGGAAAUGAUAUUGUGUUAAGCUUAGGUGAUUAUGAAAAUGUGUGUUUAUGUUUAGGUGAAAUAAGGGAACUUUUGGCUGCUAUUUUAAAAUCAAAGAACUUAAUAAGCUUCAAUGAAAAUAUAGAACCUAUUUGGAUCAUAGAUUUUCCAUUAUUUGUAAAGGCAGAAAAUGGAUUAGAGACAUGUCACCAUCCAUUUACUGCUCCACAUCCUGAUGAUUUGCAUUUAUUAGAUACUGAUCCAUUAAAAGUUAGAUCUCUUGCAUAUGAUAUAGUAUUGAACGGUCACGAAAUAGGUGGUGGGUCUGUCCGUGUACACAAUCCUCAACUCCAAGAAAAAAUAUUAAAGAUGUUAAAUAUUGAUCCAAGUAAACUGUCUUACUUUAUGAAUGCCCUAAGAAGUGGGUGCCCCCCACAUGCUGGGAUUGCUCUAGGUAUUGACAGGUUAGUGGCUGUUUUAUGUAAUGCAGAGUCAAUAAGAGAUGUGAUAGCAUUUCCUAAAAGUCAUGAUGGCAAGGAUCCUCUUUCUGGAGCCCCUAAUAAAAUAAGUGAUGAAGAUCAGAAGUAUUAUCACAUAAAAAGUAUUGAAACAUAGAAUAUUAUAUUUAUAUUUUUCAAUAAAUAAUGUUACUGAAAUA